CUGCGCGAGUGGUUUGCUCGGCGCUGGAGCCAUGCUGCUGGAGCUGGAGGUGCUGCUGGAGCUGGAGGUUCUACUGCUGCUGAGGGUGUUGGUGCCACGGGUCUCGGAGGUGCUCGUACUGGAGGUACUCGAGCUGCUGGGCCUGGGGGUGCUCCUUGUGCUGGAGCUGCUGGCGGUGCUGGAGCUGGCGGUGCUGCCGGGGUAGGUGCUGCUGGAGCUGCUCGGGCUGGAGCUGCUGAGUCUUCCGGUGGUCCUGCUGGAGCUGGAGCUGCUGGGGGCGUUGGCGCUGGAGGUGCUGCUGGCGCUGGUACUUCUGGGGGUGCUGGAGUUGGCGCUGCUAGAGCUGGGGGUGCUACUGGCGCAGGUGCUGCCGCCGGGGGUGCUGGUACUGUACCUGCUGGUUCUGGAGGCACUGCGCGGCCGAGGCCGUACUUCGUUCCGCUCCUUGAGCAGGUUCUUGGUCUCCCGCCUUCUGCUGGUCCUGCUUCUUCCUUAGAGUGUCCACCGCCUGUCCAGUCCGGGUCACAGUUACAACCCGCCUCCCCUCUGCCUGCUCCUUCUCCCUACACUGGUCCUACUGGAGGUCUUGCUGAGCAUCGUGAGCCUGCGUCUCGUCCUGCGUCGCCUGUUCCUGCUGCUCGCACAGGUCGUCGUGUUCCGCGUCAGCGUCCGCCUGCGGUCCCAGGCACGCACCAGAUGGCACUGCGUCCUUCCACUGCUCCACUGCGUGUCCCUUUGCCGUCUCCUCCAGAGUCCUCUCUUCCUGCUCUUGCUUACCCAGAGUCUGACUCUCUUCGUGCUGCCAGCCCUACUGUCACGCGUCUUCUCGCUACUGUUGUCACUGACCCUUCCUUUGAGUCCACUGCUGCGUCUGCCCUAGUUGCUGAGCUUGUCGACUUCGCUGCUCGCUGUCGUCUAGACUACGCUGCUAGUCUUGUUGCUGAGUCUGAGUCUGUCUGUCCUCCGUCCGUCGGGGGUGAGUGUGCUCUUAGCACGGACGUCCUUGAGGACAGGCAGGAGGAGUUCCAGUGCUUUGCUGCUGCUUUGCCUCAUCUCGUGUCCAUGCUGAUUGCCCCUGAGGGAGACCCGGAUGCACCAGACAUCCCGACUCCGCGCUCUUACGCAGAGGCGAUAGAGGGUCCCUACUCCUCUCAGUGGCAGUCAGCCAUGGACGCAGAGAUGGCUUCCUGGAAGUCCACAGGCACCUAUGUCGACGAGGUUCCCCCACCUGGGGCGAACAUCGUCAGUGGCAUGUGGAUUUUCAGGGUGAAGCGACCGCCGGGUUCUCCGCCUGUCUACAAGGCGCGUUACGUGGCUCGAGGCUUCAGGCAGCCUGCACGAGGAGAUCUGGCUGCGCCGCCCACCUGGCUUCACUGGGUCGUUUCCUCCUGGUACCCAGUGGAGCCUCCGGCGGCCAGUCUACGGUCUCCGCCAGGCGCCCCGUGA